UUCCUUCCAGCCCCGUCCUCUAUGGUCCCCGCGCGUCCUCUGGCAGCGGACGGAGGAACCUCGGCGAAGGAGAGAGGAGAGAGAGAGUGCGGCGGCCGUGAUGGUGGCGUUAGCUUAAUCUACCGCUCCCAGGCACACACACUGGUCAAAAUGCCAGUCAAACGAUAUAGACGGGAUCAGAGUGAAGUCAGCUGCUGCCUAAAAUAUGUCAUAUUUGGCUUCAAUGUUAUAUUUUGGCUGCUGGGGCUGAGCAUCUUGGCAGUAGGGGUGUGGGCCUGGACAGAAAAGGACACUUUUAAUAACCUGAGUCGGCUCACCAAUAUUGCCCUGGACCCGGCUUUCGUGCUCAUUGUAACUGGCUUGAUCACUUUUACAAUUGGCUUCACUGGCUGUGUGGGGGCCCUCAGGGAAAACACUUGUCUACUAGCAUGUUACGCCAUCUUCCUUGCCAUCCUGCUACUCUUAGAAAUGACUGCAGGCAUCCUUGGCUUCAUUUUCAAGGAUUGGAUAAAAUCCCAAGCAACCAACGGGUUCCAGGCAUUCAUUGUUCACUACCGUGAUGACCCUGACCAGCAGAACUUGAUCGACUGGAUACAGGAGAAAUGGUUGGAAUGCUGUGGCAUUGAGGGGCCAAAGGACUGGGAUCGAAAUAUUUAUUUUAAUUGCUCAUCGGAGGCUGUUGGCUCAAGGGAGGCCUGUGGAGUCCCAUUCUCAUGCUGCAAACAAAAAGCUGAUGAAAUUAUAAAAAAUAAACAAUGUGGAUACGAUGUGAGAAAACAAGACUAUCAUGGCGAUCGAUCCCUGGUUAUUUACGAACGUGGCUGUCUACGAGCGGGUGAAGAAUGGAUAGAAUCGAACCUUGUGCCUGUGGCAGGUGUAGCAGUGGGGGUGGCGGUGCUCCAGCAACUGGACGUAUCACAGAUUCACGACAAAGGAUGCUUACAAGCAGGUGAAGAGUGGUUAGAAAGAAACUUGCUCUUUGUUGCUGGUGUGGCAGUGGGUAUUGCCUUCCUUCAGAUUCUUGGCAUUUGCUUUGCGCAGAAUCUCCGAGCUGACAUCUACGCACAGAAAGCCAAAUGGAACUGACGGUUAGCUCCUGCCGCGGUGUAGUCAUAAGUCUGCGACUACCACUCCAGAACACUUCUACAGUUAUCCUAUUUUUCCAGUGUUAAAUAUUAGGACUUUUUAAUAAUCUUAUUCUCUCAAGAAUCUUUGUUUACUUUUCUGUGAAAAUCAUACUGAUUUUAUGCAGUAAAAGACAGUGUUACUAUUUUUAUCAUGACGUACACAGUGAAAUUCACAAAUUUUUGCUUUAGUAGUGUAAAUUUAUGUUAGCUGAUUCUGUUGAUGAUUCUUUAAACUUUUAUGCAAAUACUGUUUUAUACGGAUAUAGUUUUCAUUUUUUAGUGAUUGAUAUUUAUUGUUAAUAAAUCAAAAUGAUGUCUUUCUGUUUCUUGAGGUGGUGAAUGACUUCAUUUUUCUGUAGACGAUAUUUUUCUGGAGUGUGUUUCUAUCCCACCCACCAAUUAAUAAUCCCUUUCUUCAUGUAGAUGGACUUGCAUUAAUCUUUCUACCAGCAUACAGGGAUGAUAAUGAUGACAGCAGGUAGUUUUCUUGGAAAGCGAUUCUUUGGUGGGUGGAUGCAGCACACUGAUCAGCAAACAUCAAGACUGUGAUGAAGCGUGACAUUAUUGGUUUGUUAGGAACCAUGGGUAGUACUUCCACAGGCUCGUUUUCCUCUCUGAUUAAAAGGAGAUCGGCCUAAAUAAAAUCCUGUGUAAUGCUCGUCAUUGCUGAUCUCGUCACCCAGUGACUCACCGACUCACCGCAGCAGGAACAGAUUUAGUAUUGAGGAGGUAGAAUCUCCAGCCAUACAAUUUAAUUUUGUGAGCUGCAGUUCAUGAUUGUGUUAUGUUCAAAAUAACUUUCUCCGCUAAGGAAUGUUGUGCAAAAGUCUGCUUUAGAUUGUAAGAAGAACUAAGUAAAGAGAUUUGUUACUCUUUCACUUUUAACAAGUUUUAAUUAAGUUUUAUAAGGCACAACAUUUCUCAAGAGUAAAGUUUUAGCUCUGUGUAUUAGAAUAGUUUUUUAUGGAGAACUCAUUGGUGAGGUUGAAUGAUGGAUGUCUGAAAGGAUAGGAUCUUUUAUAUUGAAGUUGAUUUGUAUGAAGUGUAAUGUAAAUUAACAUUAUGUUAUGAUGUAAGUUUUAUACAGUAGAGACAUUUUCCAGAAUAUAAUGAUAGAUUCUGUCUGAAAACAAGUGAUACACCAUGGAUUGCAAGUGAUAAGUAUUGGAUUAGUCCUAAUGGAAGGGUCAGCAGACAUGAGCCAUAGUACCAUAUUGUGAUGGCCAAGUAUCCAGUUCCCAAGCUGGUUGUGUUGUUUCCUACUUGUUAAGCUCUCUAUAUUUGUCAAGAUUAAAGCGAGUUGUGGUUGAGCCAUUGUCAGCUUGGGAACUGUGUAAUUGUAAGCCUUCAAGUUGCCAUAACUAGGACUCAUUUGGGCUGAGUGGAUCAGAUAGUUAGACUACUUUAGUAGGAGAGUACAUGCAGAAGACCGGUUAUACAAUACAUUCUCAAAUAAUUUAGAAACAGAAUCUCUUUCAUUGACCAUGUUUUUGACAUUCCAUAAGUAGUAGUGUUUAUCAGGUGGUUGUAGUCAUUCCCAGCUGUACACAUUACAUCUUCAUCUGUGCCGUUGUCUUGCCAGCCUGAGUCUAUAGAACUUGAGUAACCAUAUGAAGAGAAUUUGCUUGCUUGCAUGCCAAUAGAAAUUUGCAGCUAGUCCCAUGCUCUUGUUUUACUUUGCCUGUAUUAAACAAGAAUGUUUAACCAAUCUGCAAAGAUAUUGUAAUAGAACUUAUUGUCAUAGAAUAUUUCUGUAUAGGGUAUUACUAGUUAUGACGGGAUGUAUUUGUUUUGUGGAGUUUUUAGAACGUGCUGGAAAUAUUUUUAACUUAAAACUGAUUGUGUCUGCAUAUGUUUCCUUUGUAUUAAAUGUGUUUGACAAUGGUCAGUGUAUUUUAGUUAAGGAAAUGAAAAUCUUUUAUUUUUAUGAUAUUAGCACCACAUCUCCAAGGGCACAAUAUGCAUACCAAGUAGCUUUACAUUGACAUAGUUGUGUAUAUAUAAAUAAUGCUUGGGAGAACGCUUUGCACAACAUAGCAGUCACUACACUUAUUUAUCAUAGUUUACGUAUUAUAAAUGUAGCAUUAAGAAAGGUAGCAGUGAUUCUUCCAUUGCUGUGUAACAUAUCUGAGAAAACAGUGUUGUGAAAGUAGAGGGAAAUGGCACCCUCUUUGAUGUUUUAAGCCAUCUAAAUGCCAUCAUUCCCAAUCUUGGCUUCUUGUGCAACUAUAAGAGAGGCUUUAUGAGGAAAUUUGUUCUAUAUGACCUUUCAUUUUGCCAUUUUCUCAUGGUUUAUGUAUGCCUAUUGAAAGAGUUUUAAUUUGGUCAACUUUAUGAAGGUAAUGUUAUCUCUUGAACUCGGUUUCACCCACCAGUCACAAGCAUAUAUUUGUGCACCUUCUCAACACCCAAGAGCUUUUACACAAGCACAUUUAGACAGUAUUGCACAAGGCUGCAUGCAUAUAACAUACACAUGGUCAGGCAAUUGCUGCAAAAUAUUGACAAUCACUAACAUACAGAUUUUUACAUACACAAACAAAAAAAACACAAAUU